AAAAAAGAAAAUAUUGCAUUCACCAUUGAACCAGAAAGAAAUCUCACGCGGAUGAAAUAACCACGAUACAGUCGGGCGAAGAAAAAUAAAAUUUCUGGAAAGUACGAGAAUUUCCUUUGACAUGCAUGCCGCCGUCUUUUGCUGUACCUGUAUAAAAAGGUUAAGAGGCCGCCCGUCAGGGACGUCAUGGGAAGGAAUCAGGGAAGACUAGCUACUGGAAAAGAUAAUAAUGGAGAGAAAUAGUGCAACCCCAUUUAUUACAAAGACAUAUGAAAUGUUAGGAGAUCCUUCAACUGACGAUGUUGUAUCAUGGAGCGCGGGAAAUAACAGCUUUCUGGUGAAGGAUCCCCAUCAUUUCUCUCUCCAUUUGCUCCCUCGCUACUUCAAACACUGCAAUUUCUCUAGCUUUGUUCGACAGCUCAACACAUAUGGAUUUCGUAAAGUGGAUGCUGAUAGAUGGGAAUUUGCACACGAAUACUUUCUGCGAGGGCAAAAGCAGUUACUCCACUGUAUUCGUCGAAGGAGGGCUAGUCAUCACCACUCUCAGGGACUGGGCAGUCAAUUAGGUGUGAAAUACGAUUUGAAAGAGGAAUUCCAGAGGCUUCAGAGGGACGAGGACACCAUUGCUUUGGAGGUUGUUCAGCUGAAGGAGGAGCAGGAAAGCAUUGAUAGAGAGAUGGGGGAUUUGAAGAGGCGCUUGGAUUUGACAGAGCGCAGACCUCAGCAGAUUCUCUCAUUUCUGGGCGCAGUUGUUGAGAAUCCGAGUUUUAUCACACAGAGGCUUCAGAGCAGGGCAAGCAUCAGUGAUGGUAAGAAAAGGAGGUGCUUAACCUAUGAUGAGCACAAGGAAACCAGACUUCAAUUGGAAUCGGAUGGGUCGAGCUCAAAUGCUUCGACUGCAGAUGGGUUUGUGAUGAGUACAAAUGCUCCGACUGUUGAUGGGUUUGCGGAUACUUGGCUUAGAAGAAAUGGAUUGAUUGUGGAUGGCUUACAAUAUUCCCCAACAGAUAUGUCUCAGAUUGACUCUGGAACUGAAGCUGAAUUGAUGGCUACUCCUUCACUAGUAAAUCAGCAAUUUGGGACUUGCCCUGAAAAAUCCGAGUAUGAGAUCGAUGUGGCUUGCGAAGGAAAUUAUUUGGGUAUGGCUAAUUUGGAUGGUGUUCUAUGGGACGACAUGUUCAUCUAGGAAGGCCAAUUCACCAACUGUAAAGCAGGGUCAGCAAAGGGAUGUAUUAUUGUUAGAUAUUCUGUGUCUCAGUGAAAUGAUCAGAUGAAUUAUAUUGAUCAUAUAAUUAAUGAAUUAGUUAGGCCGUCCUAAACAUUCUUUGAGGGCCAUCUUUACAGUUGGUUGAAGGAAUUCUACAGUAUUUCGGUGGGUGGCUCAUCAUUGGUGAAGUAGCCUAUUAUGGUCUGUAGUAAUAGGUAUCUUACAUGUUUGUUUGUCCUAUGACAGGUGAACAAGUAUAUUUAAUGUCAAAUAAAACAGUGCAGCAGCAGCAGUUUGCAGAUCAGUGGUCCCAGUUUUAACACAUUUGACAAAUUGGCUGUAUGUGAGGUCUCUAUUCUGUUGCUGGUUUAUGUUUCUUCAACAAUGUAGCAGAGCAGGGUAGAAAGAACCUGCAUAUACCGAAGCUUCAAGGAAUUAUUAGAACCCAAGGAGACUGAAGCUUGCCGCUUAGGAUUAUGGGGAGUAGCUAAGUAUCAGGUGCCAGGCACAGAUUUUAGAAAUAUCAUGGAGAUUGGAGAUCCAAAGAUUAAUAAUGCCACAGCAAUCAAUACACAUCAAGUCUUACAGGAUAUAUUUCGGAUUUCCUCUCUCUUUCAUGUUGCAUAGUUUUUUUUCUCUUUAAAGCAGAGUAGUGCUUGGGGCAAAAAUUGUAUUAUAUAUGGUCCUAGGAACAGAGUACCGUAUAGGAAUGCUUCAUAUAUUUCUUUUGUAAGCACCAUCAGUCAUUGCCUCUACUUAUACAAGGUUUCUUGCGGUAUGUAUCUGCAGGAAUACUCUGCCUUGCUGAGACAUAUGUGUCUGAAUGGAAGACGGAUAUGACCAUUCAGGCUACUGAUGCAGGAGAUUGAGUGCAUGACAAUUUGCACAAACUCAGGGGCAUGUUUUGCCCAUAUUGCAUAUUUUGUGUUAGUUAUAAUUGAUUAAAAUGUUAGUUUGUGGUUCAAAAAUUUGUGGAGACCUACUUCUCUCGAUAUGUUUAUUUGUCAAGAGCUUUUGUAACCUAAAGAAUAAGAAAGCUUAUUUGAGGUUUUAUUUGAAGGAAGAUAGUCCGCUCUCAAAGCCUGUGGUAUGGAUGUAAUAUGGUGGGCAAUGUGAAUUGAUGGUUUUUGGUUGGUGAUUGAAAUAUUAUUUCUGUAAUGAGCGAGAAAGAUUCCUUUUGA